CCAUCCACAGAAAGAAGAGGAGGACUUGCCUAAGAGCUUACUGAGUGACUGAGGGGAAAAAAAAGAGGCCAAAUUAAAGCCACUAAUACUCAGGGGCCACAGUUAUAAAGAAGAAAUGGGUGAAAGACUAGAGGACUUGAUUUUCCCGACCUACUGAAGCUUUACCUAGCUGCUUCAGGAUGGCUGAGCUCAUCAAGACGCUGCUGAGCUUCUCGGAGCGCGCUGGCGAGAUCGCCCGAGCCAUACGCCAGGAGCCCAAGCUGUUCGCCCUGCUGGUGGAGGAGAAGGGAGAAGGUGAGAAGAAUCAGCGGUUUGCCCACGACUUCAAGACCUUGGCGGAUGUGUUGAUCCAGGAGGCGCUGAGACACCAUGUGGCCAGGACAAUUCCAAGCCUGGCAGAGUGGGUACAGGGAGAGGAGAGUGCUGAGUUCACCAACACCCUCGGGGAGAAGAUUACUGUCAGGAUCUGUGACACCCAGAAUGGCACGGCAACCUUACUUGCUAAGGUGCUGGAUGGCAACAAGGAGGCAGCUGAGAUCUUGGCGGCUCUGGCCCACCAGGACAUCACCUUCACCCCAGAUCCUCACCUGAUUGAGAAAGUACCUGACCUGCCCAUUGACAGCCUUGGGAUAUGGAUUGACCCUGUCGACUCAACAGGGGAGUACGUGAGGGGCCGGCCCGGGGAGGCGGUGGGCAGCAUCCACCAGCAGGGGCUUCAGUGCGUCACGGUGCUCAUUGGCCUCUAUGACCGCCACUCUGGCCUGCCCAUUGGUGGCAUCAUCAACCAACCCUUCGCUGCCUUCACUGAAAACAAAAAGAGGUGGGAGGGAAAGGUGUACUGGGGAGUGAAUUAUAAGGGAGUCAGUGUUCACAACCUUCCUGCAAUGCCUGUAGAGUCUGCAGGAAGCUCUCCUCCAGUGGUGGUGUUGUCCUCCAGUGAAGACCCAGCCCUGCACACACGUCUGUCCCGCCACUUCUCUGUGCUGAACGCCACCGGGGCCGGCUACAAGCAGCUUGUUGUGGCUCUGGGCCUGGCUGCUGCAUGUCUCUCCUCAAAGGACUCAACUUUCCGCUGGGACACGGCUGCCCCACAUGGCCUGCUGAGAGCAGCAGGCGGAGGUGUGGUGGUGUACCGUCGCCUUACCAGCAGUGCAUCAGCUAAGGAUAUUGCAGCUGAGACCCUUGAAGAACUUCAGAUCCUCUACCACAAACCAAAUGCAAAUCCAGCCCAGCUCAGCCUCCAGUGGUGUAAUGAGGGCGGUCUGGUGGCUUACCGCGACCCAAAGGUGUUGGCUAACAUUCUGGAGUGUGUGGGUGAGUGACCUGUUCACUCCUUCCCAUUCUUUGCCAUUCAAAUAGCCACAUGUUUACAGUGGGAACAAAGAGAACUGAAAGGCAGAGAGCAUUGACAGUAAAAGAGACAAGUAACACAUCAGUGAAAGAAGACUGAUGAAGCUGCUUGAACAUCUAAAUGGAAUAUAGUGGAUUGCCAUGAUCCUGAAGUAUGGUGGCUGAAAUGAAAGCCACCAUUAGAGGAACAGGGCAUAAACAUACAAUUGUGUAUGGAGCCUUUUAAAACAAGUAGAGAUUUUCUCCCUCCUCUCUGCUACCUUUUUUUUUUCCCUUCUUUUACUUUGUCACAUAAUUUAUGCUCCCCUUGUCCUUCUUUGUCUCCCAACUAUUGGUGCGUAGGGUUGAAUCUCUGUUUUUAAGUAUACAUGCAUCAUGUUGAGUACAAGAAAAGUCCAAAUAUAGUUAAGAAAAAACGUGUUCAUUAUCUGUAUGUGCUGUUAUACAAAUGAUAAAUAUUUGUUAUGUUUUCAAUGUAAAAAUGAAUCUUCAUCCUUUAAUUUUAUAUUAUUUAACUUCAUAAUUUACUAUUUAUUUAUAUAAACUCACCAAGGAUUAGCUGGAUUCCAGUUAUCUCUACCUCCCAACAAUCCGGCUCAUUAUUCUCCCUGACAAUACCAGCUGGUGUUUUCCUCCUGUCUACCCUCUCCUCCAUCACUCAGUAACUCUACUAGACAAAUUUGAUUGAAAAGAAGAAAGGAAGAAUACUGUUUACUCACUAUACAUGAAUCUGAAUAUGUAUUCUCUUAUUGUUAGAUACGUUUCUGAAGUGAAUAGAAAUCCUGAAAAAAAUAUGUGAAAAUCUUAAUUUCAGGAUUAUAUUAUCAUUGUAUGGAGUCAUCUGAUUACACUGCAAUGGCAGACUGAAAUACUCUGUUAAUGUUACCCAUGUAUGGUUUUGAUGUAUGGUGUUUAAACCUUGUUAAGGUGGGACAGUACAACGUAGAAAAUUUAAUCCCUAGAUCAUUGUGUCAUUAUGAACUAUUUUUUCAUUGUGUGUACAUGGAUAGUAUGCACUUCCAGUCACAUAAUUCAAACUUACAUCACUCACCUGGUGUCUUGAUUCAACAAAUGCAAUAGACUAGAUUUUUAAUGUAGGCAUGUUGAGAUCCUGCCCCCCACCAUGUUAACCUACUGUGACAAAUGGCAGUACCCAGACAGCCUUAUUAUUUGUGUUGAGUUUGCUUAAUUAACACAGCGAUUCCAUCACACCAUUCCGAUAGCUACACUGCUUCGAAAGCUCAGUGGUUAAAGCUCUAUGCUGCCAGGCUUCGCAGCCUGGCAAGCAGAAGUUUGAGCACUGCUCAGGCCGGGAUUUUUCCGUGGUUACUGUCCCUCCUUGAGCAAGGGGGAUGGGGUGUGUGGUGUGUGAAGGUCCCUGCAGUACCCAGAGAUUGACUAUAAUGAGCCUUGCUCUAAUCGAGAGGAUACUUGCUCGUGAUUAGGCUGUGGUGGUGGUGAAUUACACCACCACCAACAUCCACCACAAGGCUCUCAUGAGCACAUGCAAGAACCACUGUAGUUUGUCCUGUCAUUGCUAUCACUUCAGAUAACUUAUACUGAUAUUGGCAAGCUAGCUAGGUGAUAGCAUAUACCUUUAAGUGCCACAUGCUUCUAUAACAGCCCUAAUACCACUACUUUUACACAUUAAUGAUGAUAAUACUAGUUUUAUGUUAGGUGUGUGUUUUUAAGUGUUCAGGAAAAUCUCAUUCUCACCAUGUAAUUUUCUCAGUGAUAUUUCAAAAAGAGUUACCUGUUUUUAGCAUAAUGAUGUCAUAGUCUCUUGAAUCUGUCCCUGGCUUUAGUGCAUAUCUUAGGCUCUUGCCAGGGCAGCACACCUUUCUUUAAUCCCACACCAAUGGAUUAGUGAGCGAUACUCUGUCUGUCUCUCUCUGUGUAUGACGCUGUCUCUCUAGCUGUCUCUAUGAUUGAGAAAACAUCUUUUGAAGGACACACAGGGCAACUGCAACUGAUGAAUCUAUUAACCAGAGAAAUUCAAGCGAUCUUUUCUGUAUUAUUGUUACCAGAGUUGAAACAUAUGAGACAGUAGCAGUUUGGUGUGCAUGCGUGCAUUCAUAUGUGUGUGUUUGUGUGUGUGUGUGUGUGUGUGUGUGUGUGUGUGUGGGUGAGAGAGAGAGAUUAGAGAAA